GACCAAUGGCGCGGUGCCAAUAACGAGCAUCGGGGUAAGGGCGGGACAAAACUGUUUGCUGGAGGGAGGGGAAGGCCUAGGGAACCAAACAGCGCUGCCGCCGCCGCCGCUACAACCCGAGUCGGAGGAGGGAGAAGCCAGGAAGAAAAUGGCGGCCGUGGCUGCAGAGGCGGCAGCGACUGCAGCGUCCCCCGGGGAGGGGGGCGCCGGCGAGGCCGAGCCGGAGAUGGAGCCCAUCCCCGGCAGCGAGGCCGGCACUGACCCCCUCCCGGUCACGGCUACUGAAGCAUCUGUGCCGGACGGCGAGGCUGACGGGCAGCAGUCCUCUCCUCAGGCCGAUGAACCGCCGCUCCCGCCGCCGCCGCCGCCGCCGGGGGAGCUCGCCCGCAGCCCGGAGGCGGCAGGGCUGGAGCUGGAGCCUGAGGAGAAGCUGCCCGCUCGAGUAGUGGAACCGGGGGCAGCCGCGCCUCCGGAAGGGCCCAGCUUGCCACCUUCUCCUGUACCGCCGCCGGAGGAGCCCCGGGCUCCCGAGGAGCGCCAGGAACCGCCGCUGCCCCAGCCAGCAGCCCCGGCUCUCGUGCCGCCGGCGGGCGGGGACUCCGCGGUGUCGCAACUGAUCCCCGGCUCGGAGGUGCGGGUCACGCUGGACCACAUCAUUGAGGACGCGCUCGUCGUGUCGUUCCGCCUCGGGGAGAAGCUCUUCUCCGGGGUCCUCAUGGAUUUGUCCAAAAGGUUUGGGCCCCAUGGGAUCCCUGUGACAGUAUUUCCCAAAAGGGAAUAUAAGGAUAAACCCGAAGCCAUGCAGCUCCAAAGUAAUACAUUCCAAGAAGGGACAGAAGUCAAGUGUGAAGUGAAUGGUGCUGUUCCCAAUGACCCUUCUCCCGUCCCGCCUCCUGAGCUCAGCUUGGCCGAAAGCCUGUGGACUUCCAAACCACCACCUCUCUUCCAUGAAGGAGCACCUUAUCCUCCCCCUUUGUUUAUCAGGGACACAUAUAACCAAUCAAUACCUCAGCCACCUCCUCGGAAAAUUAAGCGACCCAAACGAAAAAUGUACAGGGAAGAACCUACUUCAAUAAUGAAUGCUAUUAAACUACGACCCAGGCAAGUUUUGUGUGACAAGUGUAAAAACAGUGUUGUUGCUGAAAAAAAAGAAAUUAGGAAAGGUGGUAGUGCAAGUGACCCUUCUAAAUAUGAAGAUAAAAAACGGAGAAGUGAAAGUGUAACUACUGUGAACAAAAAACUGAAAACUGACCAUAAGGUGGAUGGGAGAAGCCAAAAUGAAAGCCAGAAAAGAAGUGCUGUGGUUAAGGUUUCAAAUAUUCCUCACAGCAGAGGCAGAGUAGUCAAAGUUUCUGCUCAGGCAAAUACAUCAAAAGCUCAGUUAAAUACUAAAAAAGUGCUCCAGAAUAAAAACAUGGAUCAUGCAAAAGCUCGGGAAGUGCUGAAAAUUGCCAAAGAAAAGGCACAGAAGAAGCAGAGUGAAACCUCUACAUCCAGAAGUGCGCAUUCAAAAGUCCAUUUCACACGUCGGUAUCAGAACCCUAGCUCAGGCUCCCUUCCACCCCGGGUUCGUUUAAAGCCCCAGAGGUACAGGAAUGAAGAAAAUGACUCUUCUCUGAAGACCGGACUGGAGAAAAUGCGAAGCAGCAAGAUGGCACCCAAGCCCCAGUCCCGUUGCACCUCUACCCGCUCAGCAGGUGAGGCCCCUUCAGAAAAUCAGAGUCCCUCCACAGGCCCUGAAGAGGCCAGCAGUGGGGUUCAGGACACAACUGAAGUGCUUGUGCCUGGUGAGCAGGAGGAACCGCAGACACUGGGCAGAAAGGGCAGCAAAAGCAGUAUCUCUGUUUACAUGACCCUAAAUCAAAAGAAGUCUGACUCUUCCAGUGCUUCAGUGUGUAGCAUUGAUAGCACAGAUGAUUUGAAAUCCUCCAACUCUGAGUGUAGUUCUUCUGAAAGUUUUGAUUUUCCUCCAGGCUGUAUGCAUGCACCUUCCACCUCCACUUCCUCCUCUUCGAAGGAAGAGAAAAAGCUCAGUAAUUCCUUGAAAAUGAAAGUCUUUUCCAAAAACGUCUCUAAGUGCGUCACACCAGAUGGCAGGACCAUAUGUGUAGGGGACAUUGUCUGGGCCAAGAUAUAUGGCUUCCCCUGGUGGCCAGCCCGUAUUCUUACCAUAACUGUGAGCCGGAAAGAUAGCGGCAUUUUAGUCCGACAGGAGGCCCGUAUUUCAUGGUUUGGGUCUCCAACAACAUCUUUUCUGGCUCUUUCGCAACUCUCCCCCUUUUUAGAAAACUUCCAGUCACGCUUUAAUAAGAAGAGAAAGGGCCUGUAUCGCAAGGCUAUCACAGAGGCAGCUAAGGCUGCCAAGCAGCUGACCCCUGAAGUGCGGGCUCUGCUGACACAGUUUGAAUCGUGAACAUGGACAGUAAGCACAAAGACAUUAGCAGGCUGCUGGUUUCAUGGACCUGUACCACAAUGACAGAGAACACCAGAGCAUCAGGACUGAAUGAAAUUGGAGACUCAGAUUUUUAAAGCUGCACUAAGAAGUAAAUGUUCAGGCAGUGAUUAAAACCAACAGUCUAUAAAGAGGCACUUGCAUAUUGUGCUAUAUUAAACUGAAGAAAAGGUAUUAGGGGAAUAUUUUAUUAAAAAAAACCUAUUGCAAUAAAUUAUGCAUGAGAUGAGGAGGAAAGUGAUGUGAAAUACGCAAAGAACUCUUGAAUUCUGUGUGUGAAGAAUCACUGACAGUACCUUCUUUUGAACGUGAAGUUCUCAGUACAGUUUGGACACGCCUAAAAGGCACAGGAUGAUGACAGAAAUGCUGAAUUAUUUUUCAUAUUAAAACUGCUUUCUCCAAGGUUUACUGUUAAUCAGCUCAGAAACGAUUAUCUAACAUCCUACUAAAAGGAUGGUAAAGUGUCCCUAUACCCCACCAAGAAAAUUUGGAUCUUUUCUUUAAUAAAGCAGGACUAUGUUAUCUUAAAUAUACAUUUGCUUGUUAGAACAUAUUAAGAUGUAUUUAUUUGCCACCAGUAUUUAAUGUUUUCUGCACAUUUUCAUAACUACAUUCUUAACUUUCAAAUUCUGACUCCAAGUGGAUAGGCUAUUGUCAAUCUUGGAGUGAAAACAUACUCUGUAGGAACUAGUUCUUAAUCCUGCUGAGCUGGAAAGGCUUUAUUCUUCCUGUCCUUACUGAUUUUAUCGAGUUCACAAAAGGUGAUAAUAUCUGAAUUUUGAUACUGACCUCUCUCCACAGAGAGCCCCUCUUUCUAAGUGCAAGAAUUCCUCAGAGGUGUCCGAUGGGACUUGAUCCUGGGGAACAAGCAGCAGGAACCAUAAAGACGGUGAAGUUUUCAUGCAUAAAGUAUGAAUUCUUAUUCACAGAGACCAUAAUGUUUUAUCUAUGAAAAUUACACAUUAUAAAACACCUUACUUUUUCUUUUUUAAUGAAUGGAGAAAACAUUGAGAAAACCAGAUGAACUUGUUAGUACUACAUUUUUAAGGCAUUUUAUAUUUGAUGGUGCCGUACUUUUAAUAAUAUACCUGAAGUUUUUUAGUGGCAAUACUGAUUUAUUUUUUAAACCAGAAAGGUAAUCCAUAGUGAUUACUUAAUACAAAAGGAAAAAAAUGCCAAAAAUAAAAAUACAAAAUUCAUUUGAAGCAACAUAAAUGAUAACUGAGCAUUUGGCUUCAGUGCUCAAACUUUGCAUAAUCUUACUAUAUGUGUUUGGAAUUACUUAUUAACCACACACUCAGGAUUAACACACAGUUCUGGGUAAGUUUUAGAACAUUUACUAUACCAGCUAGGAUCUGUUUUACAACCCUAGAAAAGGUAGGCAGUCUUGCUUCUAGCGAGUUUAAUGCCAACCCUAAUUACGCUGUAACUAAAAGUCUUGAUUCCAUUCUAAGAUUGUCUUUAUAGAAAAUUUUUUAUCAUGAAGUCAUUGUACAUUUGAUCAAGUCUGAAAGAGUCAGCUCAGGAACUGCAGCAGCAGGAAGCUCUAAACACAAGCGACGCUCUGCUCUGGCCCAGAGCUUAGGCUGGGGUCCCUCUUGUUCUUUCAGAUCCGUAACCCAGCAGUACCACUUCAGGCUCAUUUCUGAUAACUCCCAGAUCACAGCAGAUUUUGCAUAAUCAAAACUUCUAAUUGCAGAGUGAUGGAAAUGACGAAGUAACAUAAAGGCAAAAAGAACUGGGAGAGAUCAGGUUUUAAGUAUCUAAAUAUUUUUAUGACAAUUCUCAGUGGUGUGUGUUAUAAACCAGACUUUCAUUUUUUGAAAAAUGAAACUUGGUGGUAUUUAAAAUCUAGACAUACCAUGUUUGCUAUUUCACCUUCAUUGCUUUAGUUGCUUAAUAUUUAAGCUUUGCUUCAUGCUACCUUCAUCUGUAUUUCAAAUCUUCACAAGCCUAUUUCAUUUUGUAGACUUGAAUGACAACAAUUGUUUCUCAUCUAAACUAUGCUGAGACCUAAAUGUUAAAGAAUGUUGUGUAACAUAUAUUCAAUAAAGUCUUGAUUUUUUUAAAAUUUA